AUGACAUCUGAAGAGGUUCUGCAUGUGAAGACCCCCAUCCGGGACAGCAUGUCCAUGUCCAAGGUGGCGGGCACCAGUGUCUACCUCAAGAUGGACAGUGCCCAGCCCUCUGGCUCCUUCAAGAUCCGGGGCAUUGGGCACCUCUGCAAGACGUGGGCUGAGCAAGGCUGUGAACAUUUCGUCUGCUCCUCAGCGGGCAAUGCGGGCAUGGCCGCUGCCUAUGCUGCCAGGAAGCUGGGCGUCCCCGCCACGAUUGUCGUGCCGAGUACCACACCUGCUCUCACCAUCGAGCAGCUCAAGAAUGAGGGCGCCAUCGUCAAGGUGGUGGGCGAGACACUGGACGAGGCAUUCGAGCUUGCCAAGGCCCUGGUGAGGAACAACCCAGGCUGGGUCUACAUCCCCCCCUUUGACGACCCCCUCAUCUGGGAAGGCCACACUUCCAUCGUGAAAGAGCUGAAGGAGACACUGAGCACAAAGCCGGGGGCCAUCGUGCUGUCGGUGGGCGGAGGGGGCCUGUUGUGCGGAGUGGUCCAGGGGCUGCAGGAAGUGGGCUGGGGAGACGUGCCCAUCAUUGCCAUGGAGACCAUUGGCGCCCACAGCUUCCACGCUGCCACCACUGCCGGCAAGCUGGUCUCCCUGCCCAAGAUUACCAGUGUUGCCAAGGCCCUGGGCGUGAAGACCGUGGCAACUCAGACCCUGAAGCUGUUUCGAGAACACCCCAUUUUCUCUGAAGUGAUCUCAGACCAGGAGGCCGUGGCUGCCAUUGAGAAGUUUGUGGAUGACGAGAAGAUCCUGGUGGAGCCCGCCUGUGGGGCAGCCCUGGCCGCAGUCUACAGCCACGUAGUUCAGAAGCUGCAGGGAGAAGGGAAGCUCCAUGCCCCCCUGGCCUCCCUCGUGGUCAUCGUCUGCGGGGGCAGCAACAUCAGCCUGGCCCAGCUGCAGGAGCUCAAGGACCAGCUGGGCAUGAAAAAUGGGCUGCCAAAGUGAGAAGUCCUCACCCACUUGACGGCCUGCCCAGGACAGCCCUGGAGGGGCUGGACUUUUACCCAUUGCCUCAUUGUAAAUAGGAUUCUUGUGUUUGGUGGUGAACCUGUGGCCUGCACUGGCAGCUGCAUCCUGGCUGUCAGGAGUCCAACAUGCGGAGGGGCCGGUGCUGCCCGAGACAGGGCCAUCGAGGCUGUGAAGUUAAGGGCCAGGCUCUUACCUUCUUUGGUAUCUGUGUGGCAACUCGGUGACCAUCCUUAGCCACCCCUGCUAGGGGUGGACAAUCGCCCACAUGUAAGCCUGUGGCUGCCGUCUUGGAGCUGAGGAUUGUGGGAAACUCCCAGUGCGAGGAGCCGAGUGAAGCUGGCUGCAUCUGUAAGGGUGGACCCUGCCUUUCCUGGGUCCCCAGAGCAGGGUGGUUGGGGAGGGACCUGGAUCACAACAGGCCAGACCUUCUUGAAGCAAGCAGAGCCCACCCGACUUUCUCCCUGGGAAGAAGGAUGGGCCAGUGUCCAGGGUCAAGGAACCAUCUCCUCUUUCCUCUCCAGAAGCCCAAUCCCACCCUUACUCAUUUUUCUAAUGUACAAACUUUUUCACUGACAAAGAAAAUACAUAUUUAUGAAACAUACCUCCUCUGAAAGUUUCUCCAUCGUCAGCUCUUUCCCUCUCUCCACCUUCCACCUCACCAUGCUGGCUUUCAGCCACACGCUCAAGCCCCUGGGGUGCCAUAGGAACCCUUGGGGCCAGACACAGAGGCCAGGAGGCCACUCCAGUGGGGUCUGAGUGCCAGGAGGGGGCAUCCCUGCAUUACAGGAAGCAGUUGAGGAAGCUGGAGCUGAACAGGAGAGGCU